CAAAUGACAAGUUUCCAUCGGUCAUUGGCAGAAAAUAAUUUUACUCUUGUGACGUCAGCCAUAAUAACGGAUCUGGAGCAAGUGUCUGAACACAUGAUAAGGUUAAAGGUCAGUGUUGUUUCUUUCUUUAAAUUCUUUUACGGUGCUCACCCUUAAAUGUAAGGUAUUUAUCUCCCUCAAACAUUUGGUUUCGAAGUGAAAACAUUUGCAUCUGGUAUUGAAUUAAUAAAAAGUAAAGCACUCCUUGUAUUAAACAAAAUCCCAUAUUGUAAACAAAAUCCCAUAUUGUAAACAAAAUCCCAUAUCUAUACAAAGAUCUCAUCUUUUAAAAAAAUAAACAUCACAAACUUAAACCAUCUUCCUCACAUCACUAAAUUAUCUUUAAAAUGUAUUUUUUUUUUUUUAGUGUUUUAGGCUAAUAAAUUCUAAGAAAUAAAUGACAAAGGUGACAAAACAGAUCACGUUUCCCCUGACUCAAUCCUAAAUACAUUGAACACUGUCUUUGAGGCCCAUUAAAACAUGUAAGAUGUAAUAAUGUGUUGAUUUAAUGAUGUGAUGAUGUAAUGUGAUGAUGUAAUGUAAUGAUAUGAUGAUGUGAUGAUUUAAUGAUGUAAUGAUGUAAUGUGAAGAUGUAAUGUGAAGAUGUAACGUGAUUGAUGUAAUGAUGUGAUGGUGUGACUCAUACCGACUAACUCACAUUUUGCACAUUGCUUUGAGGAUAUAUGAAAUAGUAUCUAGAUCCACUUACAGAUGCGGUAUCAUUGGAGCACGUGAUCCAAUCUUUAGUCUCCUUGGAUAACGUGAUCCAACCUUUCGUGACCUUGGACCACGUGAUGAAACCUUUAGUGUCCCUGGAGCGUGUAGCUUUUGUUGAUGGCAUUUAUUUUUUUUUUCAGUGACAAAAUGCAGGAACAAAAUAUUUAGAUGAGAAUGUUCUGUAAUAAAUUGGUCUAACAAUGUUCCUGUGUUUCCUUGUCUCAUUAGCAAUACGACGCCAGGAUCAUCAUGGCCGCGUUCAGGAGCAACACAGCGCCGUACAUAUUCUGUCAAGUAAGUGGUGUGUUUGGCGUAUAUUGUGUACAAGUUCCUACUCUAUAAUUGGCACAGAGCAUUUGACCUGAUCCUGUCAAUGUGUACAGACAGAGAAAAACGAAUUGGAAGGUCCUAUUUUUAGCUGAAUUUAACUUCCGAUACUAUUUUCAAAUAAGUCUCUUUGACAAGUCGGUGGAUAUGGCAUUUCUUUAAAAGAGUGCGAUCUGUUUUAGAGAGUAGUUGAAUAUAUGUUGAGUAUGUGUUGGAUAUGUUUCGGAUAUGUGUUGGACAUGUGUCGGAUAUGUGAUGCAUUUAUGUUGGAUAUGUGUCGGUUAUGUGUCGGAUAAAGCGAAGAAUUGAUGAAAUAGGAACCCGUUACUGUUCUUUAAUGAAAGUGCCACAUCUGCAAAGAUUUGCACACACAGACACACGAACAUUCUGGCACAAAUAAAUAAAAAAAGACACAUAACAAACUGCAUUCAGAAUGUUUGCAGAAGGGUUCUCACUUAGAGUUCACGGAACCAGAUCUAAAUAUUUAUGUAACAUAAAAAAUGAAAAGAAACUCAUCAGUAUAAACUUACUAUAGGAAUUGUUGAGCUAGGUUCAUCACAAACAUCACUGUGGCUAGGUUUGGUUCGUGGAUUGGGCUCUAGCUCUUCCGAGAUUUUUUCUGUUUUGGCAGGCGUACAAGCACGGACUGUACGGGAAGUCCUACCAGUGGAUUCUGACAGGUCCAAGCAUGUACGACAACUGGAUCAGGUCUUUUUUCACAGCAGUCAGUCAGAAUAAAUCAAAGAUUGAUUGCACCAGGGACGAAAUCGUGGAGGCCAGUCGCAACUAUUUGGUAGUGGACGAUGUUUACCUGAGGCCUGACCUUGACACGCUCACUAUUUCAGGAAAGGUAAAACUUUGAGGCUCUGCUGAUUAAGACAAACUGAAUGGUACAAAUCAAAUCAGCGGUUAGCAAAUGAUGGACUAAGACUCGGCAUAUCAAAGAAAUAAGAACAACGGUGAUACAACACAAAAGCUUAAUUUUUUAUAUUUUUUUUCUAAAAUUAAAAUCCAAACUUGGGACUCUGGAUAUUUUGUGACACUUGAGGGAAGUUUACACUAUAGUUCGGGAACAUAUCUUAACUUACCUUUGUUAUGGACCUUUUAUUCUUCCAUAUAGCCACAUUUUAAAUAGUAUAACAAUAUUGUACUUCAAAAAUGUCCCAUCUCACAUUCAUUUUCUUCCCUCUCUCUCAAAGGAUGUAUUUCCAUCAAAAAAUGUCGCAGCAUUGUCCACGGUCAGGGAAUGGUCUGUUCAAAAAUAAAUUGUUUACCUCCACACCCCCCCCCCCAACCAAAAUAAAUUUUUUACCUCCACCCCCCCUCCCCCCACCAAAAUAAAUUAUUUACUUCCACCCCCACCAAAAUAAAUUGUUUACCAAUUUCCAUCAAAAAAUGUCGCAGCAUUGUCCACGGUCAGGGAAUGGUCUUUUCAAAAAUAAAUUGUUUCCCUCCACCCCCCCCCCCCCCAACCAAAAUAAAUUUUUUACCUCCACCCCCCCUCCCCCCACCAAAAUAAAUUAUUUACUUCCACCCCCACCAAAAUAAAUUGUUUACCUCUACCCCCUUCCCACCAAAAUAAUUUUUUUUAACUCCACCCCCACCCCCAAGCACACACACACUCACACACUUUACUACUCUUAUACGGUUUUCAUUUCUAAGAAUUUGUGGUUUCUUUUUUUUUGUCUCGUCUGCUGAAGAAGGCAUUUUGCCGAAACAACCUUUUACUUGUUCUGUGUCCUAAACGUCCCUUAUUCCAAUAUUUAUUUAUUUGAGAAAAAAGUGUUGAGUUAUUCUUCCAUAUUGCAAUUCCGUGUAAGUAAUGAAUUUGUCUCCCCGUCUUUAUCUCUAUAAUGUAGUCAGUCAAACGGUUUACAUUAUACAGUAAUCAAUUUUGCUUCAUUGCAAUCAGCAUUAAAAGUUUCACAAAAUGCAGCAAUGCUCGGCAUCUGUUAUAAAAAUAAAGAUUUCAUUUUUCACAGAAAGUUUUGAUCUAAGGUAUUUCCAACUAUGUCAUUUUGUGAAGUACUCAAUUGAUCCAAAAUGUCUCCAACUGUGACAUCAGUUAUAUCACUUUCUUAGACUGCCGCUGAGUACGAUGUACUGGCGAAUGCAUUCGCGAAGAAAUCAAAAGUUCUCAUUUCAAGAACUCAUCCAUAUGGUUACGACGCUGCCUGGGCUUUAGCCUUAACCUUAAACAUGACGCAGGUAAAUCUGGGCUUUAGCCUUAACGCUAACAUGACGUAGGUGUGCCAAACUUAACAUUUUAUUACACAGAAGCUCCAAUAUGCACCAACAUUUUAUUACACAGAAGCUCCAAUAUGCACCAACAUUUUAUUACACAGAAGCUCCAAUAUGCACCAACAUUUUGUAAGAAUUAUAUUGAUUUAUUUACUACAGCAAAAACUUUCCACCGGAAUUCUGGGUAGCAAAACAAGUCUGGCAGACUUCAACUAUUCCAGGUCUGACAUGUUUGACCUCAUACUGCUGAGCUUUCAGGAAGUGACGUUCGAAGGUGUGUCGGUAAGUUGGGGGAUUCAUGCAUGCUUGGAUGUGUGGAAGGAACGAAAUCGCCAAGGAACAAAUUUGUUAGCAUACAUGGAGGCGUCUACAAAAGUAUUUGCUUUAACUAAAAAAUGAGACAUGAAUCUGCAAAACUAAGAAUUAAAUUUAGACAUUGUAUAUUGCAAUCAAAAUGUUAUUUGAUGUAAUUAUCGGAGACCAGUUUCUAAUGCUUAAGAGAUUUCCGUAUUUUAUUUUACUUGUUCUACUGAUUAUUAUUAUUAUUAUUAUUAUGUAAGGCUUUCAAUCAUGUAUUUUCAACCAAAACUCAUCAUGGAUGGUUAUAAUCAUGUCAUUGUCAUCUCAACCUAAACUCAUUAUUUUCGCAUUAUUAUUAUUUUUGGGUUACAAUAUCUGUGGACUCACAUAAUCAAUCCUUAAUGAAUGACGUAAGUAAAUAUAUAUUAUAAAAAUUGUACCCGACAUAUCGGCAUUGAAGAUUCAUAAUUUGAUUCUAUUCUGCUAACGCCUGCUGGAAAUGUAUAUUUUUUUUUAAAGAUGGGAGGGUCAAAAGAUAAGCCAUUUAUUUCAAGUUAUACAAGAGUGUAAGAUAAGAAGCGGCGUAGGAAGGGGUGGAGGGGCGGCACGCCCCAAGCGGCAUUUAUUUAUUUAAAAGAAGGGGGGAAUUUUCGAUAAAUUGCAGAGUUUUUUCAUGGAAGGGGACGGGAAAAACUUGGCCCGCCCCGAUGACACCACCCCUAGCUACGCCACCCGAUGUACGGUUUAAUAUCUUGUAUCUAGAUUGUGUACCUAGAUUGUGUACCUAGAUUGUACAACUAGAUUGUGUACCUAGAUUGUGUACCUAGACUGUACAACUAGAUUGUGUACCUAGAUUGUGUACCUAGAUUGUGUACCUAGAUUGUGUACCUAGACUGUACAACUAGAUUGUGUACCUAGAUUGUUUACCUAGACUGUAUAACUAGAUUGUGUAACUAGAUUGUGUAACUAGAUUGUGCACCUAGACUGUACAACUAGAUUGUGUAACUAGAUUGUGUAACUAGAUUGUGUACCCAGACUGUACAACUAGAUUGUGUACCUAGAUUGUGUACCUAGACUGUACAACUAGAUUGUGUACCUAGAUUGUGUACCUAGACUGUACAACUAGAUUUUGUAACUAGAUUGUGUACCUAGACUGUAAAACUAGAUUGUGGAACUAGAUUGUGUACCUAGACUGUACAACUAGAUUGUGUAACUAGAUUGUGUACCUAAAAUGAACAACUAGAUUGUGUAAAUAGAUUGUGUACCUAGAUUGUACAACUAGAUUGUGUAACUAGACUGUGUAGACUAUUGUGAAACUGUUUUAUCAAACUCCAGGGCACAGUCUCCUUCAACAAUCAUGGCCAGCGUGUCGGCCCCCAUCAGAUAGCCCAGUUUCACAACGACUCAAAGACAGUUGUCGGAAACAUGAACGACCUUGACGAGCUCAUCUGGAAGGUUCCAACGCCGAGCCUCUUUGAAGGUGGGUCACCGUCGGUAUCAGGGGUUCUAAACAUUUUAGCAAUGGCGCAGCCUCCUCGAUUUCAAAACCUUUCCCACCACCUUCCACCACACCCCCAACCCACACCCCCAACCGACAACCCCAUUAGAAAUUAACUGCCAGGCUAGAUAAAUUAAGACAUAGAUAUGAUUGGCUUGCUCUCGAUCUUUAUUGCAAACCUCUUUAGGUGUCUUUAUUGCAAAUCUCUUUAAGUGUCUUUAUUGCGAACACACAGCAGACGAUUUGUAACGUUUUGCUGGGUGAUCCUCCAAAUAUCUAUUUGAUUGUGCUACAGUCUAGAUGUCUAUUUGAUUGUGCUACAGUCUAGAUGUCUAUUUGAUUGUGCUACAGUCUAGAUGUCUAUUUGAUUGUGUUGCAGACAGGCGUCCCCCUAGAGACAGAUUUCGCUACAUCUUCAAGAAGCUGCCGCCUGAACGUAGUGCUGUUAUCGUCGUGCUGGUUAUCAACACAAUCGGCUUGAUUGUUGCGAUUGGAUUUCUUCUCUUUAACAUAAUAUACAGGAAUAACAAGUGGGUAACAAAUGGUAUUAAAACUAAAGUACAUGAGUCAAAGUAGUUUUAAUAUGACCUAUGGAAGAUUAAUGUGACCUAUGGUAGGUUAAUAUGACCUAUGGUAGGUUAGUGUGACCUAUGGUAGGUUAAUGUGACCUCUGGGAAGUCUAUCAUUGUCAUCGUAAUUUGCCUUCAAUCUUUUGGUACACACACACAUACACACAAAUACAUAAAUAUAUACUUUCUAGUGUCCUUCCGGCACAAUGUGACGAUGGUUUAGACUUGUCACAAUGUGACGAUGGUGUAGACUCGUCACAAUGUGAGAUGGUGUCGACUUGUCACAAUGUGACGAUGGUGUAGACUUCACAGGACGAAAUCAAAAGACUUGGGACUUUUCUUUUUGUGGGUCAGCUGGUUCCCUAGACAGCGAAUCGCCCCCCCCCCCCUCUACACACCUGAAUCACCCAAGGGAACAUCAUAUAAAUAUAUUUAAUAUAUACAGAGUAUUAUGUAUUAUGAACGAAAUCAAAAGACUUGGGACUUUUCUUUUUGUGGGUCAGCUGGUUCCCUAGACAGCGAAUCCCCCCCCCCCCCCCCUCUACACACCUGAAUCACCCAAGGGAACAUCAUAUAAAUAUAUUUAAUAUAUACAGAGUAUUAUGUAUUAUGGAAAUUUUUGUGAACUUUUCCAGACACAUCAAGAUGUCAAGCCCGUCCAUAAACAACAUCAUCGUCAUGGGAUGUUUGUUCACGUACGUCUUUGUGUACGUCCUGACAGCAGACUACGCCUGCUGGUUGAGUGGUAGCGAUGAUGUCAUCUGUAUGGUGAGUAGUGGUAGGGAUGAUGUCAAUUGUAUGGUGAGCGAGCAGUGCUAGUGUGGAUAUAAUCAGUAUGGUAAGUAAUGGUAGCGAUGAUAUAAUUUGAAUGGUAAGUAGUAUAAUGGUAGUGAUGAUGCCAUUUAUUAUAUGGUAGUAUCAUAAGAACUCUUCACAUUGUGAUAUAAGAUUAUCCUGCGUUGCUAGGGGUUGCUAUAACGCUUUGUUAAACAUCAUUAUACCUUAGCUACCUGGAUUAGUCAAGAUCAUUAUACCUUAGCUACCUAACCCUAGCCCUAACCCUAGCCCUAACCCUAGCCCUAACCAUAACCCUAACCCGUUUCUAUGGGUUGCUAUAACGCUUUGUUAAACAUCAUUAUACCUUAGCUACCCAGAUUACUCAAUAGCAUCAUGCCAUAGAUGCCUACAUGACAUAUUAUUAUCAUAUCUUAGUGGCCCACAUCACAUAGUAUCAUCAUACCAUAAUUGCCUAUCAUCACAUAGUAUUAUCACAUUUUAGCGCUCUAGAUAACUCAGUAUCAUCAUAAUCUUAGAUGCCUACGUAACUUAAUGUCAUCAUAAUCUUAGAUGCCUACCAUCACGUAGUAUUAUCACAUAUUAUCUACCUACAAAACUUAGUAUCAUCAAAUCUUAUCAGCCUACAUCACUCAAAUAUGUAGCUGUGGUUUGUAAAACUGUGAAGUGAGCUUAGGUUCUUGCUAAGGGGAACAAUUCAUAUUUAAUUCCCUCCCUUUUCUCAAGUGAAAAUUAUGCCCCUUGUCUGAUCAUUGUUGCUCUCAUUUAUGUUGUUAUGCUCCUUUUAAUUUUGUGUUUCCAUGUAGGUCCGCCUGUGGCUCGCUUGUAUAGGAUUCACCUUAUCGUUUGGGGCUCUGUUUGCCAAGACCUGGAGAGUUCAUGCCUUAUUUAGGAAUAAUCAGAUCAAAAGAAAGGUACUUAAAAUGAUAUGGAGGCCCAGGGUUUAGGGUUUGACCAUCUCUAACCAUCUCUAACCAUCUCUAACCAUCUCUAACCAUCUCUAACCUAUGUAGCAACAUGAUCAUGGGUAUACUAAUAGUCUUGAUGUCACUGUGCUCUGUGAUGUAAAUAGAGAUGGAUGACGUAGACCUCCACGUCAUUUUUAAACUUUAAUUAACCAACCUCUACAAACCAUUUUUUCCCGUAUCAAUCCUUUAUAAAAUGUAAUAUCGACUCGGGGGGCGGGGGAGGGGGGGGGCUGAACAUUUGUCAAAACAUGCCUACAAGUAAGCACUUUAAAAUAAUCCCAAUUAGUGCCCCCCCCCCCAAAGCCUCACAACCGUACAUUUUUUUCACCCCACCCCCCUCCCCCCCCCCUUUGAAAUCUAUUACUAUUUUAAUGAGUCACCCACUUUACACCCAAGAUUUAUUUCAACAGUUAUUUCAAAAAAAAAAAAAAAAAAAAAAAAAAAUAUUGCGCACCAAGAGCACUUGUAAUUUCUUGUUUAAAGAAUCUGAUUUGGCGCAGUUAUCCAGAAUCUAUUUCAUGAAAUCAGUGUCAUCCUAUUUCCUACAUCUUACCUUGAAAAACAGGAGAUACUGAUUUUAAGGGGCUAGUGGUGGGGGCUGAAAACUUGAUCGAAUGUGUUGUCAUCGUCAGCGAUUCUAUGUGCCAAGUUUCAGCUCGGUAGAUUGACAAGAAGUGGGUCAAUUAACCGUCCAAAGAUUUUGUCCUUAACACACAAAAGCGAAUUUAAUAUAAAUGAUUUUAAAAUAUCACGUCACAAACUCACCAACUCACCAAAACAAAGUACACUUUUUUUAAAUCUAAUUAGAGUGCGUAUCUUGUGCACUGUAUCUUGUGCACUGUAUCUUGUGCACUGUAUCUUGUGCACUGUAUCUUGUGCACUGUAUCUUAUGCACUGUAUCUUGUGCACUGUAUCUUGUGCGCUGUAUCUUGUGCACUGUAUCUUGUGCACUGUAUCUUGUGCACUGUAUCUUGUGCACUGUAUCUUGUGCACUUGCUUUCAUUAAUCACAACAUAUCGGAAUGUUGCAUUGCGGAGGAAGCGAUGGUUUGAUAGGCAUCUCUACGUCAUUCUCGGCAACUACAUUAAUCUCGGAUUCGAUACAUAAAGGAUCCACCACGUUCAAAUCGAUUACGUAGCUUCAACGACCGAAAUAGAGCAGCUAAAUGAGAUUAAAACUAAAUGGUUACUGUCUGUUCAUAAAUGAUAUUAAAGUGUAUCCUACGUUUUAGAGAAAUACAAUGCUCAUACUAUCAUACAGAUUAUCAAAGACAGCCAAUUGUUUGGUCAAGUUAUGGUUCUUGUGUUGGUGGAUAUGGCCAUCCUGGUGCCCUGGUCCACACUGUUUGCGCUGAUUAAGGAAGAGUACCAAAUAAAGACAGAGGUAUUGAAACAUUAUUUAAUCCAUACAACGCCAUAGAAAACUAUUUUGAGUUUAUACUUAUCAUUGGAUUGAAAUUUAUAUAAAUACUUAUCAUUGGAUGGAUAUUUAUAUAAAUACUUAGCAUUAGAUGGAUAUUUAUAUAAAUAUUUAUCAUUGGAUGGAUAUUUAUUUUAAAAAUACUUAUCAUUGGAAGGAUAUUUUUAUAAAUAUUUAUUAUUAAAUCGGGAUUUAUGGACUAAGUUUAUUUUCAGAAUUGAACGCUAAGAUUUCAGAAAGAUUGUUGAUAUCUAUGCACUAUUUUUUUCAGGGUCAGUCUACUGAUGAGCAAAUAACAUACACAUACACUGUUUGCACUCACCGGUAUGAGGUAGAGUAUCUCUUAUGAUAGCAAGCAAAUGUUUACUCUCUGUAUGGAUGAAGCGUGAGAUUCAAAACAAUUUUUUUUUUCAGCGUGCAUUUGAGGAAUAAUUUUGGAGAUGCAACAAUUAUGUUGUAUACAUUUAAGUAGAUUGACCCCCCUCCCUUUUAUUUCAAAAUCUUUCAAACAUGAUUGUCAGCUGUACCUGACAAAUAAAGCACUCAUAUGAAUCAAGACUUAUGGACACCCAGUUAUUGAAACAAAUAUAGGACUGAAAUGAGGCAAGACUUUUAGACACCCGGUCAAUCGAUCAAAUAUAGGAAUGACCUUAUUUAAGACGAACGGAAACCUGGUCAGUCAAAUAAUAAAUGCUUCUAGAUCUAGAGUAGUCUACUUUCUCAGAUGAAGAACGACAUUUUUUUAAAUCACAUUUCUAUUAAUUUCUUUCUUAAUUAAGCUGAUACUUUGAGCAGCCAGCUUUUCUAUUUAAGAGCUGUUAAAAAUCCCUAAUUGUGCUUUGUGACCAGUGACAUGCUGAUAUUACUUUAAGAUAUUUUCUCUUUCAUCUAUCGUAAAAACAACACCAUUGUCUUAGGUUUACUGGUACAUGGCUGAAUAUGUUUACAAAGGUUUAUUACUGGUCUUCGGUGCUUUCUUGGCCUGGGAAACCAGAAUGGUGACAAUACCGGCACUCAACGACUCCAAGGUAACAUCUGGCACGCGCAAUGUUUAUGGUAACUGUGUCAUCGUUUUUGUGAGAAACCCACGCAAAAAAUAGCUCCACGCUUGGGCGUGUAAAUAAAAUUCUCAUAUCUUUUUAAAAAAAUGGGAUUUCGUAAAAUUAUAUUAAAGAAAAGGAGAAACAUUUAAUUUUCAGUUAAUCGCUGUUUAUAAAGCUAUGGUUUUGUUGACUUGUGAGAACUAGUUUAGAAUCUUCUAUUGCAAUUUGCUUUCUUUGAGCUGGAGAGCCAUCAUGUUAACUACAUCAAUUAACUUGAGCUCUUUUGUUUUUUCUUCUUUCAAACGGUUGAAUCCUCCCUGACCAUGAACCUUACUCCUGCCGAUCAACUCCGUCUACAGCUCAUCGGCUUCUGCAUCUACAACAUCGCCAUCGUGUGCGCUCUCGUGGUGCCUGUCACCUACGCCCUUGGUCAGGACAGGAAGACGUUGGGCUUCAUCCUCGUCGCAGUGUUUGUCAGCUUAUGUACGUCCCUGGUGCUAUGCAUUUUGUUUAUUCCUAAG